CAUAAAAAUAGGAUUGCCAACAAAAUGCGUGACGUCACUGCAAUGGAGCUAUGGAGACCCGAACUUCUAAAGUUACAAUCUACACAGUCGAACAAAUAAUUUUCCAAACGCAAAACGAACCGUUUUAAUAAGUUCAAGCCUUUUAAAGUGUAUAAGCAGUGUCCUUCGCGAGUGAUAUUUAAGUUACAACUACGACUUUUGAUCCAUGUUCUACUAUUGUGAUAUUUAGCUGUCGAAUAAUCUUGGUUACCAGUUUUUAAAUAUUUAACUGUUUCCACCGAGGGGAAAAUGCAUAGAAACCAGCCGCCGUCCAUAACCGCUACCUAUUAUAGCUAGAGCUAAGGCAAACUAUGUGAUAUACACAUAGGUUUAAGGUGUAAGUGUAUAGAAAUAGCCAAAAUGCCUGUCGUCUCGCCUUCCCGGUUCACUUCUACCUCGUCCAGCUUGUCUGGGUCCCAUCGACUAACGUUUACGUCCUCAUCGAGUUUAGAGAAGCCAUACUUCAGAACGAGCAGUGGUUCUUACGUGUCAUCAACUUUGCGGAGCACAUACGGUGAUAAGACUUCGGAGUUCAGAUCGAGAUACUCAGAUGUCGACGGCAAAAGAGAAAGGAAGACUUCCCUCGUGGAAUAUUCCAGGAACUCCCGUGCUCCCAGUGUGACGGAUUCAGACAGUGGUAUAUCAAGUCGAUAUCGCUCCGAGCGUUCAGAAUCUAGAUCCCGCGAUAUUUCGACGACCAGAAGCGAAAGCGGGAAGCCGAGCGAACCUUCCAGAAACAAGCGAAGCGUAAUCAGUUCUGCUGCGCUAGCGAUGUCGCAAGCGGACUUCUACAACAAGUACUCUCCAGCGAACUACGUGCCCUUAACUCAGAGGAUCAAGGAACAGCAACAGCAGCAGCAACAGAAUCAGAACAGUUAUGGAGAGAUAUCGAGGUCUAAGUCCAUUUCGAAUGACAUCGGGAGGCCUCCAGCUGCCGAUCCCAAGACCGCCAGGCGGGCAAGGAACUCCACAGCCGCUACUAUUGCUGAGAGACCCGAAGGAAGAAGAUCGUAUAAGGAAAGCUCACCUAGCUUCAGCAAAAGGAACUCUAUGUCCAAUGGCGCUAAGGAUAACAAUGGGAAUGAAGUGCCAUCUGUAUCUGAAACAAGGAAAAGAUUCGAUAAGAUGACUGUGACUAAACUUCCAGCGAAUGAACCGAGGCUUUCGCCCAAGACGUCAGUAGAGCAAUACCUGAGCCAGUUGAAGGACUGCGAAAACGGAACGGUGGGGUACACGAAACUGCCAAAAGACGACAAAAUAGUCCCCGUACAUUUGCCGUACGCUGAGAAAAACGGGUUGAAUCACAGAUGGGAAGUAGGAUCAUCGUCAUCUAGGUCCAAUUCUAACUCAGACUUGUCCAUUAGCAAAACCAUUUCAGAACCGGUGUCUUUAGCCAAGCCGGUCGUAGAUAAAAACUCUAUGUCGACGUCACUAACUUCCAAAUUGCCUUCCGAUCGCCUUGCCAGUAUUAAAAGUCAAUUAGAUCCUAAUAACCCCAUAGGGAAAAUUCUAGAGAAAUCCACUGUUAUACACGUAGAGAAUGGAGACGAUUACAAAAAGAAAAGUAGUCCAGAUGUGCUAAGUAAGAAGGAGUCUUUGAAAAACGAUAUAGAGAAGCAAGUGAAGGCUCCGAAACACACUUCUAAUUUCGCUUCGUUCAUACAGAUAUCUCAGCCUAUAGCGUCUAGCACAUCGCCGAAGAGGAACGAUAGUGAGGAAAAGGAUGGCCUGAGUGAAACGGGGAGAUCCAGGGUGAAGCUCAAGUAUAUAGAUUCAGAACAAGACGACAGAUUAGUUCUAGACAAUGAUAUCGAAUCACCAAGCGGGACAGGAUUCGAAAACAAAACGUUUGAGCAUGAAAACUUUUUGAAGAAACGCACAGAAAAAUCAGAAGAAGACAAAGAGGCUACGGAAGAUGGUGUCAAGUCUAUGGAGACGAGUACUGAGAGUACGUUCAGUGAGCCCACAGAAGAUUCCAGUCCAGAAACGCCGUCUGCUAGAAAGAAGAUUCUAGACUCGAAAGACUAUGAAGAUAUCAAAGCUGAGCUAGCGGGUGGCAAGAGUGGCCCCAGCGGGUUGCGUAGGAGCAGCGAGCGGUCCGACUCGGUGCCCGACGCGAGAGAGAAGACGUCCAGCCAUACCAGCGGCUUGAACGGUCUCCGCAACAUCGGCAACACGUGUUUCAUGAACAGCGUGCUGCAAUGCCUGUCCAACACGCGGCCGCUGCUGGAAUACAUGCUCGAAGACAAAUACGCAGAUGAGCUUAACACCACGCUGUCUUGCAUGAAGGGCGCGCUCAUGAAAGCGUUCGGCAGCGUGAUCAAGGAGUUGUGGCGUACCGGCGAGUGCGACUCCGUCGUCAACACGACUACCCUCAAGUCGCAAGUGCAAAGAUUCGCGCCGCGGUUCAUGGGCUACAGCCAGCAGGAUGCUCAGGAGUUCCUGCGGUACCUUCUGGAAGGUCUUCACGAAGACGUGAACCGCGUCACCGUCAAGCCGAAGCCGAUACUCACGGAGAUCGACGACAAUCUCAGCGACUCAGCCAAAGCAGCAGAAGCGUGGAACCGCUAUCUUCGAAUGGAGGAUUCACGCGUCAGUGACAUCUUUGUGGGCCAGCUCAAGAGUACCCUUCGCUGUACGCACUGCGGACAUGACAGCGUCACCUUCGACCCGUUCUGGGACUUAAGCCUGCCGAUCCCGGCACGCACGGGCGCGCUGCGGCUGCAGCAGUGUCUUCAGCAUUUCACGCGCGAGGAGGAGCUGGACGGCGACGAGAAGCCGGUCACGUUCGGCAGCGUGAUCAAGGAGUUGUGGCGUACCGGCGAGUGCGACUCCGUCGUCAACACGACUACCCUCAAGUCGCAAGUGCAGAGAUUCGCGCCGCGGUUCAUGGGCUACAGCCAGCAGGAUGCUCAGAGAUUCGCGCCGCGGUUCAUGGGCUACAGUCAGCAGGAUGCUCAGGUGAUCAUUAGCUUCAUCAUCAUCAUCAUCACCAUAAUUAUUAAUAGUCACACCACCACACUCAAGUCGCAAGUGCAAAGAUUCGCGCCGCGGUUCAUGGGCUACAGCCAGCAGGAUGCUCAGGAGUUCCUGCGGUACCUUCUGGAAGGUCUUCACGAAGACGUGAACCGCGUCACCGUCAAGCCGAAGCCGAUACUCACGGAGAUCGACGACAAUCUCAGCGACUCAGCCAAAGCAGCAGAAGCGUGGAAUCGCUAUCUUCGAAUGGAGGAUUCACGCGUCAGUGACAUCUUUGUGGGCCAGCUCAAGAGUACUCUUCGCUGUACGCACUGCGGACAUGACAGCGUCACCUUCGACCCGUUCUGGGACUUAAGCCUGCCGAUCCCGGCGCGCACGGGCGCGCUGCGGCUGCAGCAGUGUCUUCAGCAUUUCACACGCGAAGAGGAGCUGGACGGCGACGAGAAGCCGACGUGCUCGAAGUGCGGCGUGCGUCGCAAGUGCCUGAAGUGGUUCACCGUGCACAAGUUUCCGCAAGUUCUCGUGCUGCAUCUGAAACGGUUCUCCCCAACCGAGCGCUUCCGCGGCAAACUGAACGUCCUCGUGGAGUUCCCGCUGACCGGCCUGGACAUGGCGCCCUACGCCGCCGUGCGCGCGCAGCCCGUCUACAACCUCUACGCCGUCAGCAACCACUCAGGAACCACAUACUCCGGCCACUACACAGCGUACUGCAAGCAUCCGUACACCGGCGACUGGCACGAGUAUAACGACUCCAG